AUGCGCCUCCGCACCGCCCCCCGCGCCCCUGCGGGCGCCGCCGCCGCGCUCGGGCUCUGCAGCCUCCUGCUGCUGCUCGGGCCCGGGCACGCGUGCCCCGCGGGCUGCGCCUGCACUGACCCGCACACCGUGGACUGCCGCGACCGCGGGCUGCCCAGCGUGCCCGACCCCUUCCCCCUGGACGUGCGCAAGCUGCUGGUGGCCGGCAACUGCAUCCAGCGCAUCCCCGAGGACUUCUUCAUCUUCUACGGCGACCUGAUCUACCUGGACUUCAGGAACAACUCGCUGCGCUCGCUGGAGGAGGGCACGUUCAGCGGCUCGGCCAAGCUCGCCUUCCUGGACCUCAGCUACAACAACCUGACCCAGCUGGGCGCCGGCGCCUUCCGUUCAGCCGGGAGGCUGGUUAGACUGAGCCUGGCCAACAACCACCUGGCGGGCGUGCACGAGGCCGCCUUCGAGACCCUGGAGUCGCUGCAGGUGCUGGAACUCAACGACAACAACCUGCGCAGCCUCAAGGUGGCCGCCCUGGCCGCGCUGCCCGCGCUGCGCACCCUGCGCCUGGACGGGAACCCCUGGCUCUGCGACUGCGAGUUUGCGCACCUCUUCGCCUGGAUCCAGGAGAACGCGUCCAAGCUGCCCAAGGGCCUUGCUGAAAUCCAGUGCUCGCUGCCGCUGCAGAACAGGCGGGUGUCCCUGCAGGAGCUGUCGGAGGCCAGCUUCAGCGAGUGCAAGUUCAGCCUCUCGCUCACAGACCUGUUCAUCAUCAUCUUCUCGGGCGUGGCCGUGUCCAUUGCUGCCAUCAUCUCCAGCUUCUUCCUGGCCACUGUGGUGCAGUGUUUCCAGAGGUGCACCCCCAACAAAGACGCCGAGGAGGAAGACGAGGAGGAGGACGACUGAGCCACCCCUCCCUCUCCUCGCUGGCCAGAGCCCAAGCUGCUGACUCCCCACCAAAAAGAGAGGGAAAUGCUGGAAGCAGAAAAACUGACCACAGGCAGCGCCCAGAGCACAGGGCGGCCCCUGCUCCGUGCCUUGCACCCCAGGUGCGCAGGGUGGGACCUCCGACCUCAGAGCGCCGAGUCCGCAGGGCGAGGAGCCCAGGAAGGCUUUCUGGAGGAGAGGCUGCCUCUCAGCUUGAGGUGUGUGCAUGGGGGGACCAGGGCAGCCUUCACCAGCCUCGGGAAUAUGAGACCGGCCGUUCCCGCCCACCACGAUGAUUCUGUGACGUCCACCUCUCUGCCCUGCCCUGGCGACCAGGCUGCAUCUCCUUCCUGCCAAGAGGCUGCAGCUCAGACCGUCGGGGUUGGGACUCAAGUCCCUCUCCCACGUUUGGCCGACGUGGUGCCGAGGAGAAAGCCAAGAACUGGCCAAAGGGUGUUUGCUGGUCCAUUUUGGUGAGCGUGUCGGGGAAACUUAUGUGGAUGGAACUCAAAACCUGAUCCUCAUCCUCAGAGGGAGCAACCCAGAGGGGAAGGACAGUCGUUCUGAACUGCCAAGCGACGGCCGCAGCUGAGAGUCUGUGCCCCUGCGGCUGUUUCCCUCCCUGUCCCCACACCGUGCCCCAGCGCGCCCCUCAGCCUUUCUCUGGCUGGCACCGGUCCCCACUUCCAGCCCCAGCACUCACGCCGAAACCUCCCUGGGGGCCAGGCUUCCAGCAAACAGGUGGCAUCAGACCCACAAAAUGGUAAAAUAACGAAACAGGUGAACCCGGACUUGGCCUCAGAAAAGCCGCCUCCGUGGCCUUGGGGCGUGUGACAUUUUUUGGCGCAGAGGCGGGACCGGCAGUGUGUUUGGAUGUGGUUCAGAGACCGACUGAAGCUGACAGUGUCGGGAGCCCAGCGGGUUAACAAAGGCGACACGUGUUCGCAGCAGUGGACCUCGCUGGCACUGACCCUUAGAGGAGGGGCCCCUGACAUGCUCCAGGGACAUUCCUGGGCCUCGGGACUCCAUUGUUUCAUAAUACACUGCUUAGGUGUCCUCCUCCACGGAGAGUCAGAGGGUUUGCUAAGCGCCGGGCAUUGAAUAAGAACGGUCCCUGCUCGCGUGGGCCUCAUAUGACUACGGGUGGAGCACGGAGCAGACAGGUGAGCAGCACUGAUCGCCAGCAGCGUGAGCGCCGUGAAGGCGAUGAAUGAGGUCUCAUGGCACAGCAACUGGUAGGAGCCGCUCACGAGUGGGCAGUUGGGUGUAUUAGCCAGGGUUCUCUAGAGAAACAAAACCAACAGGAGAUAUGUAUAGUCUGCCUGUCUGUCCGUCCAUCCAUCC